CCGCUCUGCGCGGCAGGAAGAUGGCGGCGCAACAGCAGGACCGUGAGGGUGGUGCGCAGCUGGCUGGGCCCGCAGCGGAGGCCGACCCGCUGGGCCGCUUUACGUGUCCCGUGUGUUUAGAGGUGUACGAGAAGCCGGUGCAAGUGCCCUGCGGUCACGUCUUUUGCUCUGCAUGCCUGCAGGAAUGUCUGAAGCCGAAGAAGCCUGUCUGUGGGGUGUGUCGCAGCGCUCUGGCCCCUGGCGUCCGAGCUGCGGAGCUCGAGCGGCAGAUUGAGAGCACAGAGACUUCUUGCCAUGGCUGCCGUAAAAAUUUUUUACUAUCCAAGAUCCGGGCCCACGUGGCUACCUGUUCCAAAUACCAGAAUUACAUCAUGGAAGGUGUGAAGGCCACCACCAAGGAUGCCUCCCUUCAGCCAAGGAAUGUCCCAAACCGUUACACAUUUCCUUGCCCUUACUGUCCCGAGAAGAACUUUGAUCAAGAAGGACUAGUGGAACACUGCAAGUUAUCCCAUAGCACGGAUACCAAAUCUGUGGUUUGCCCGAUAUGUGCCUCAAUGCCCUGGGGGGACCCCAACUACCGCAGCGCCAACUUCAUAGAGCACAUCCAGCGCCGGCACCAGUUUUCUUACGAUACUUUUGUGGAUUACGAUGUUGACGAAGAGGAUAUGAUGAAUCAGGUGUUGCAGCGUUCCAUCAUCGAUCAGUGAGCAAUCUCUGCUGUCCGUCUCCUGUUCCAGAGCUUCCAUUGUGUGUGAGGCGUGGAACAUGUGACUCAUACACCUUAAAUGUACAACGGACCUGGAAGUGAGCUGUGGUGUUAGCAUAGGGUCCUUUCUGACAGGAAAAGAGGUCUCCAGGUCAGAGCCGUCCUUUCCUUUGGGAUCUUCCCUCCUGUUCAUUCUGUCACGUGUCCGGUCUCUGACUGCUCCUCAGCUCCUUCCUGGAGCUUCUGCUUCCUCUUCCGGAGGAGAAUCCAGCUUCUCCACCUGUCCUUGUCUCACACACGUUCCUCUCAUCUAGUGUUCAUCUCCCAGGUCCUCUGAGCCAGCCAGGACCUUUCUUGGGUCAUGAAUAGCACAAAUGAGACCAGCAUUUCCUCUCCUUGUUCCCAAGGUGUGUGUGUGUGUCGUUGCUGACAGAGCUCCUUUUGUCCUCUGGGAAUUCUUGUUCGUUGCCAAAAGCUGGAGUUUUACCUCUUGGGAAGCAUUUCAGAAGGCCUGUUAGGGUGAAUGUUCUGGGUUUAGCAUGAUCUGAUGCUGGAAGUUUUGAUUAGUGAUAUUUUCCCACCACUCCUGCACACCCUUAGAAUUAACUGGUUCAGUCUUAAAUGCCUGCAUGGUGCCUUUUUAGGAUAAGGUGUAACCAUACAUUUUUAGUGAGAAUAAGUGUUUCUAGGUUAGGAAAGUUAAACUCCAAUUAUCCAUAAGCGGGGAGGAGGGUCAGCUAAGAGCAGUGCGAGGGCCGUAGCUUUUUGGUUCUGAUUUUCAGCCUAAUGCUGUGUUUUCAAAUGACUGAGUCAUGUUUACCUCUCUCUUUGGGAGCCUGCUUACGUUUCUGUCCUCGAAGCACGAGAAGGAGUCCUCAGAUGAAUAAGAAGACGUUUAGGGGCUCCAGUGGAUACUAUAGUUAUUUUAUCUUUUAUUUGGUAACUUAGAUUAAACUGAGUAUUGCUUUUCUAUCACAAAUGGUUUCCUUAUGAAACUGGUUUCUGCGUGUAAAUCAGUGUGUGAAAACCUGCCUUCUAAAGCAGAGGUUAUAGGAAAUCUAGUAUCCCAGCCUGCUGUCUCUUUUUGACAAGACACACUGUUCAGAAGCGAAACACGUCUCCUCUGAGCACUUGUUGAUGGAAACUGUCUUCUGGAAGCUUGCUUUGUUAAUAGCUCAAGAAAUGUGAAGUUCACCAUGUUUCACGAAUAUUAAUAAAUACAGGGCUACGAGCUGUCAGUUUAAUCUGUAGGAGCAGAACCUUUGAUUGACCAAAAGGCCUGUGGCUUUAGGUUCACUUUUUUGUGUCAGACCUCUCUACGCUGAGCACGGAAAGUUACUCUGGUCAGUAGCUGAGGUUGCACGUGACCGUGUGCUUUGGGCCUGUGUGUACUCCCUUGCCAGUAGGGGCUGCAGAUACCUUGUUCCCAGCAAAGACAGGGCCCUUUGGGGGCAAAGUAAUGUUUUCUAAAGUGAUACUGUUUGGGAGGGCUCAAAUGUUAAGGUCUGUGUCUUCACUGUCAUUUCUGGAAAAAGUUCACUCUGACCUCCCUGAAGUGAGAGGUCUAAGUUUGGAGGGAAAUUUGACCAAGCUGUCAUUUGAGGGAAUGGAUGAGAGUGUGUCCAUUUCACUGGUGGUACCAAGAAACUGAUUUCCUUGUAUUAAGUGCACUUCAUGUAUUUCUAAUAAGAUGACUUUCCAGAAAGUGAAAUUUGUUAAUGUUCUGGCUUUUAAAUGGUGAAAUAUAAAUAAAUUUCCUAAUUUAUCCAA